AUGGUUGAAGGCUCAAAUUAUUGGUCAGAUGAUCCGUCUAAAAAACCUCGUGGAGGAUGGAGGGCUGUUAAAUACAUUCUUGCCAACGAGACCUUCGAGAAACUAGCUUCAAUGAGCUUGGUUGCCAACAUGACUGUUUAUUUGAAAACCAAAUACAACAUGGAUGGUCUUCUUCUAGUUAACGUCGUCAGUAUUUGGUCCGGCAGCUCCAGUUUCACGUCCAUAGGCGGCGCUAUCAUUUCCGAUACAUGGCUCGGACGGUACCUUAUGCUUCUCUUCGCCUCGUUCUCCUCCUUAAUGGGGAUGGCGAUUUUUACCCUCACUGCAGCUGUGCCUAAAUUAAGGCCUCCAACAUGCAUUGACCAAAUCAAUUGUGUAGAUCCCAAGUUGUGGCAGUUGAGCAUCAUUUAUGCCGGUUUGGCGUUUAUGGCCAUCGGAGCUGGUGGCAUUAGACCCUGCAACAUAGCGUUUGGGGCUGAUCAGUUCGACACCACGACGAAGAAAGGAAGGGCACAACUCGAGAGCUUCUUCAACUUGUGGUACUUCUCAUUUACGUUUUCGCUGGUGAUAGCGCUAACCGGGGUUGUCUAUGUUCAGACCAACAUCAGUUGGCUCAUCGGUUUAGCCAUUCCGACUGCUUGUCUUUCGGUAUCCAUUGUGAUUUUCAUGAUCGGUCACCAUGCUUACAUAAUAACAAAGCCUCAAGGGUGUAUUUUUGUGGACAUGAUGAAAGUGAUCUCAGCCGCCACGAGGAAGCACAAUUUGAAUGUUUCGAAACACUCGCUUUACAAUCCGGAGGCUGAUUUUCGCACGAAACGGUUCCGCUGCCUCGAAAAAGCUGCUAUAAUUUCCGAUCCGAGCGAGUUGGAUGAGCGAGGCACACCAAAGUGCAGUUGGAGAUUGUGCAGUGUUCAACAAGUGGAAAAACUCAAAAUGUUGCUUGCGAUGAUUCCCGUUUGGAUAACAGGAAUAGGUUGUUUCAUGACAAUGGACCAACAAGGUUCGAUUGGAAUUCUUCAAGCGAUUCAAACGAACAAUACCAUCGGAUCGAGUUUCAAGGUUCCGCCAGGGUGGCUCGGCCUCUCAUCGAUGAUCACCCUCGCAGUUUGGAUAUUCAUUUAUGAAAUGCUUUGGGUGUUUCAAACAAAGAGAAUAACAGGGAAAGCAAAAAGAUUGUCAAUGGCACAAAGGAUUAACAUUGGCCUUGUGUUUGCAAUGGCCUGCUCCAUAGUGGCUGCCUUGAUUGAGAAGCAACGUCGAAAGGCGGCUUUGCAACGCGGUUCCUUUGAGUCUCCGAUGAGCAUCAUAAUGAUGCUGCCACAAUUUGCAUUAUCAGGUUUAGUAGAAGCAUUUGUAGCAGUGGCUGUGAUGGAGUAUCUCACAACUCAAUUGCCGGAGUCAAUGAGAACUGUUGCUGGUGCUAUCUUCUUCAUCAGCUUAUCGGUUGCGAGCUUCUUGAACUCGAUUCUCGUCAACAUCGUCCACCGAGUGACCAAGAGUGGUGGGAAAACACCAUGGAUAGGUGGUCACGAUCUUAACCAAGAUAAGCUCGAGAAUUUCUAUUACCUGGUGGCUGCCAUUGAAGCACUCAACUUCAUUUACUUCAAUCUCUUUGCCAGGCGAUUCAUUAUCAAUGACACCAUUGUUAAAACAGAAUCAUCAGAAGGCCUACGUGACAAAGAAAAUGGAACAAUGGAAGGAGCAUAA